AUGCAGCUACACCUCGCUUCCACACGAACGCUGCUACAACACAACUGCGCUUCCACACUGCUACACCUCGCUUCCACACGGCUGGUACACAAAGCUGCUACACCUCGCUUCCACACGCUGCUACAAGCUGCUGCUACACCUCGCUUCCACACGGUAACAGCUGCUACACCUCGCUUCCACACGGUGACAGUUGCUACACCUCGCUUCCACACGGUAACAGCUGCUACACCUCGCUUCACCGGUAACAGCUGCUACACCUCGCUUCCACACGGUAACAGCUGCUACACCUCGCUUCCACACGGUAACAGCUGCUACAGCUGCUUACACCUCGCUUUUCCACACGGUAACAGCUGCUACACCUCGCUUCCACACGGUAACAGCUGCUACACACCUCGCUUCCACACAACAGCUGCUAACACUGCUACACCUCGCUUCCACACGGUAACAGCUGCUACACCUCGCUUCCACACGGUAACAGUGCUACACUCGCUUCCACACGUAGCUGCUCCACACGGUAACAGCUGCUACACCUCGCUUCCACACACGGUAACAGCUGCUACACCUCGCUUCCACACGGUAAACAGCUGCUACACCUCGCUUCCACAGGUAAACAGCUGCUACACUCGCUUCCACACGGUAACAGCUGCUACACCUCGCUUCCAGGUAACAGCUGCUACACCUCGCUUCCACACGGUAACAGCUGCUACACCUCGCUUCCACACGGUAAACAGCUGCCUACACCUCGCUUCCACACGCUGCCACACCUCGUACACGGUAACAGCUGCUACACCUCGCUUCCACACGGUAACAGCUGCUACACCUCGCUUCCACACGGUAACAGCUGCUACACCUCGCUUCCACACGGUAAACAGCUGCUACACCUCGCUUCCACACGGUAACAGCUGCUACACCUCGCUUCCACACGGUAACAGCUGCUACACCUCACACGCAGCUGCUACACCUCGCUUCCACACGGUAACAGCUGCUACACCUCGCUUCCACACGCUGCUAAACAAACCUGGCUUCCACACGGUAACAGCUGCUACACCUCGCUUCCACACGGCUCAGCUUCCACACGGUAAAUCAGCUGCUACAAACCUGCGCUUCCACACGGUUGCAACGGUAACACAGCAUGCUACACCCUCGCUUCACACGCUGCUACACUCGCUUCCACACGGUAACAGCUUGCUUACACCUCGCUUCCACACGGUAACAGCUGCUACACCUCGCUUCCACACGGUAACAGCUGCUACACCUCGCUUCCACACGGUAAACAGCUGCUACACUCGCUCCACACUAACAGCUGCUAACACACGGUACAGCUGCUACAACUGCUCGCUUCCACACGGUAAACAGCUGCUACACCUCGCUUCCACACGCUGCUACACCUCGCUUCCACACGGUAACAGCUGCUACACCUCGCUUCCACAGGUAACAGCUGCUACACCUCGCUUCCACACGCUGCUACACCGUCGCUUCCACACGGUAACAGCUGCCUACACCUCGCUUCCACACGGUAAAGCUGGGCUACAACCUCGCUUCCACAACGGUAACAGCUGCUACACCUCGCCUUCCACGGUAACAGCUGCUACACCUCGCUUCCACAACAGUGCUACACCUCGCUUCCACACGGUAACAGCUGCUACACCUCGCUUCCACACGGUAACAGCUGCUACACCUCGCUUCCACACGGUAACAGCUGCUACACCUCGCUUCCACACGGUAACAGCUGCUACACCUCGCUUCCACACGGUAACAGCUGCUACACCUCGCUCCACGGUAACAGCGCUACAGCUGCUUCACCUCGGCUUCGCACACGGUAACAGCUGCUACAAGCCUCGCUUCCACACGGUAACAGCUGCUACACCUCGCUUCCACACGGUAACAGCUGCUACACCUCGCUUCCACACGGUAACAGCUGCUACACCUCGCUUCCACACGCUGCUACACCUCGUUUCCCACCACGGUAACAGCUACACCUCGCUUCCAACAACAGCUGCUACACCUCGCUUCCACACGCGACUGCCUCCUACACCUAUCAGAGACCUGGCCUCCCUUACUGCCAGCACCUACAGGCUGCUUCCCUACCGCAAACCCCUUUACCAGGACUGCGCUGCCCCUACUGUCGUCCCCCCAUACCCUCAGCCGCCUCCCUUCCUACCCACGUACACAGAGAAGGCCCGCGCCGCCCACCCGCCUAAGCGCCGCCAAAGCCCGCAGCCCGAAAGCCCGCCCGCCAUAAGCCCGCCGCCCAUAAGCCCGCCUAAGCCCGCCCGCCAUAAGCCGCCGCCGCCCAUAGCCGCCCGCCAUAAGCGCCCGCCCGCCCACCCGCCCGCCCAUAAGGCCCCGCCCGCCCAUAAGCCCGCCCCGCCCAUAAGCCCGCCCGCCCAUAAGCCCGCCCACCCGCCCGCCAUAAGCCCCCCGCCCGCGCCCAUAACCCGCCCGCCCGAAGCCGCCCGCCCCCCCCCAGAACCCGCCCGCCCAGAAGCCCGCCGCCCAAGCCCGCCCCAGAAGCCCGCCCGCCCGCCCGCCCGGCCCAGAAGCCCGCCCGUCCGCCCAGAAGCCCGCCCGUCCGCCCAAGCCGCCCGCCCAGAAGCCCGUCCCCCGGCCGCCCGCCCAGAAAGCCCGCCCGCCCGCCCAGGAGCCCGCCCGCCUAGAAGCCCGCCCGUCCAGCCUACGCGAAGCCAAAUUGUCUCCGAAGCGCCGCCAGCAGGGACGGAGGCGAAACGACGGCUCCGCUUCCUGGGUGUUGACGGAGGAGUCCCGGCAGACCCCGCGCGCCCAGUUAACAAUUCAGAGCCGGACAGGAAUUCCGUGCCAAUGUACUGCUUUGGAGCGCGGGGGAGUGGGGGGGGUGCGACGGAGAUGUAG